AUGCAGAAGAGGAUGGGCGAGGCGGUGGCCCGGGUGGCCCGGAAGGUGAACGACACGGUGGAGAACAAAACGGAUUCCCUGGAUCUGGCCAACUGCAAGCUAAUGACCUUCCCCGUGGGCAUCUACAAAGCCAUGAGGAGCGUCACCGAGGGCAUCCACCACAUCUCCCUGGCCAACAACGAGCUCAAGUCUCUCACCAGCCGCUUCAUCACCACCUUCAGCCAGCUGAGAGAGCUCAACCUGGCAGGCAACUACCUGCACCGCCUGCCCGAGGAGGUCACCUCCCUGCUGCACCUCCGCACCAUCAACCUCUCCCGCAACCGAUUCCACCGCUUCCCCGAGCCCCUGGCUGCUGUCACCGCCCUGGAGACCAUCGACCUGGAAGAAAACGAGAUCACAGAGGUGCCAGUGGAGAAGCUGGCCUCCAUGGCAUCGCUGCGGAGCCUCAACCUGCGGGAAAACCCCGUCGGCCCCGAGGUCCGGCUGCUGGUGCGGCCCCUCGUCCCCUUCGACCUGCUGCUGUCACCAGAGGAACCCGUCCCCAAAGCCUGA